CAUGUUAGCACGGGUAAGGUCUGUGUUUCAGAUUCUCCUUGAUGUUGCUGUGUUUACCUUUUUUAUCCUUAACCCUCAGGAACCUAUUUCCAAGUUUUCUGGCAGCCUUUUUGAUAGCAACGAUGGCAUGCGGGAUCAAAGAAACACCAGAGCAACGCUUCAAGAAAAGCACAAGCUGGCAAUGAAGGGGAAGACUGCUGCAGGGUCUAACACCAAGGUGCAGCCACCUGUGUCAGCAGCAGGCAGCUUCCCCAGCGAGAGCGGCCGGAGCGCGGAGCAGCUGCGGGUGCUGGACGUGCCGCAGCCCCCGCUGAAGGUAACCAUUACUGUGUGCAGUCCAAUGGGCAGUCUUGGUAUUAGCAUUGCUGGUGGAAAGGGCCCAUCUUCAUGUAAAGAAAGCGAUGAGGGGAUCCUGAUUGCACGGCUGCCAAAAGAUGGUCCCUCAGACUUGGCUGGGGUACAAGAAGGAGACAGAGUGGCUGAGGCAACCUUUGUUUCAGAAGCUGCUGCCCUUGAUGCUGAUCCUCCUGAGGCUUCCCCCAAGGGCAGCCCCUUCCCUACAGUCAACCAUGUCAUAACAAUACCUCGGAUAAUCCUCACACGCCCUUCCACUUCUGAUGAAGAUGCCGACCAGUUGCCCCCAGACCCUGAUGACUUUGAGCCUGAGGAGCCUGACAGCGCAGAAGGCCAUGCCUAUUCAGACUGUCUGAGCAGUGCUUUUUAUCCUCCCUAAUAAAGUACUUUUCUGGCAGGAGUUCAUGGGUGAUUUUCUUUCCCAUUGACUACUUUUAAUGUAGUACUUGAACCGCUAUGCCUUAUUUAUAGUGAAAACCAUUACAUGGAGGAUGGAUUUGUGAGGAGAACCCUGUUUGUAUUUCUUUGCCUUGAACUUUCCUUUGGCAAGAACUUGUGAACCUGACGUUAAAUGCACAGGGUCAGCAGGUGAUUUUUAUUCAGAAGGUAUUUAUUUGGAAACACAUGGAAAACAAUUGUAAAGUUGGGUGGGAUUUUUAAAAUCUUGUGUCCAUGUUUUGUCUAUACAGCUCAUCCUUCUAUGACCCCCCAGGUUCCUUUGAUUUGUCCCUUUUAAUGUCAUUUUCUAUGAUAAUUAAAAAAAAAAAAAUCUGUCUUUAGUGCUGGCUUUUUUUACCCACUGAGAAAUGUUAUCUGUGUUGGAAUUCUGUAUCUCAUUCUAUUGUAAUAAAGAACAGUUUUGCCAGUUAUAUCAGUAAUGUGAAUGUACAUCAGAUUUGACCAGGACCUGUAAGAUGUAUUUUAUUAGAUCCAAAUGCAGGAGGCACCUUAUGUGACUAUGUACCUGAGAGUGAAGCGAGAAGCAAGUUCUUAUGCUGGAGGAACUGUCUGAAACUUAAUGUUUUCCCUGACUUGCAUAUAAGCAGAACACUUUUAAUUUGCCUUACUGCAGUAUGCCUGUAUUUCACAGAUAUAUGUGUGUGUGAGGUAAGCAUUUAUGAGCAAAUUGUCCUGUACAACAGUUUUCAAUCCUUUAAUUGUCUUCACUGCUAUUCAGGUUUCUAAUACAUUUUAAGCUGUUUAAGAAGAACUGUUUGGGACUGUUCUUCAUUUGGGGUUCCACAGUGCUGCCUUAACUCAGAGGUGGGGUCUGGCACUGCUAGACUUGAAUGCCAUGACUUUCUUUUCAUGCACAUUAAGUGUGCAUUGAUGGUUCUUAUGAUGUUUAUACAGUUUAUAUUCCUGUAAAUGUAAUAUAGCACAACCCAGUGACUUGAUAAAUCCUCAUGUUUUAUUCACAUUCUUGAGAAAGAUUUCUCAGGUGAUUGUUCAUAUAUAAUACCUUCAAUGAAUGCUGGUAUCUGGCUUUUACAGAGUUAGAAAGUUCCCAGGAGGGUAUGGCUGUCACAAAGAGAACAAUAUCUCGUACUAACAAAAGGCAUAUUUUAUUUUGAAAAGAUGGAUUUGCACUAACAUUAUGAUAUCUAGUCAAUGGCAUCCAGUUUGUUUUUUAUUAUUUGUACAACUGCAUUUUAAUUGACAGUAGCAAUAGGAAUAUUAAGCUAACUUUAUUCAUUUGCAAAAUGAACAUUAUCUUAGAAUCUGCUAUGACUGUAAUAUUAAAGACUGUAUAAUGUGUGUAAGC